CGCACUGAACAUACACACAGGGGGAGGAGAGGCCGGACAGGCUGCUCUGAGUAACACAGCUAGUUUAACACACACCGAGUUUAUUUCAGUUUAAACUCAGGCUUAGGGUCAGUGUGCGGACCGGCAGCAGCAUGUUUAACCGAAUGACCAGCCUGUGGAUGGGGGACCUGGACCCAUACAUGGAUGAAAACUUCAUCAAGCAGGCAUUCAGCACAAUGGGGGAGACGGCCUAUGGUGUGAAAAUCAUAACGCACAGAGUCACAGGAGGCUCAGCGGGGUACUGCUUCGUGGAGUUGGCAGAUGAAGCCAGCGUGGAUCGAUGUGUUCAGAGACUGAAUGGGAAGCUGGUUCCAGGGUCAAAUCCUCCCAGGAAGUUCAAGCUGAACUAUGCCACAUACGGGAAAAGGCCCGAACCAGGACCAGAGUUUUCAGUUUUUGUUGGCGACCUCACACCGGAAGUGGACGAUUAUCAGCUUCAUCAGUUCUUUGUGAAAAAAUACCCAUCCUGCAAAGGAGCCAAAGUUGUCACUGAUCCCUACGGGAAUUCAAGGGGUUACGGCUUUGUGAAGUUCAGUGAUGAGAGCGAGCAGAAGAAAGCCCUGGAGGAGUUUCAGAACGCUACCGGCCUCGGAGGCAAAGCCAUCAGAAUUAGCAUCGCAGUCAACAAGAGCAACAAAUCAAACAACUACCACAACCAGGGUCACAACUAUAACAGCAACUACCAGCAGCAGUACUACCAGCAGCCCUACAACAACUACUAUCAGCCCUGGGGCUACGACCAGUACAAUAGCUACAACUAUGGUUAUAAUCCCUAUGCCACACCCCCUCCUGUUCCUCAUGGGAUGAUGGGACCCCCUCCAAUGAUGCCGCCGAUGCCCCCUGACAUGAACGCAGCCACAGAGCAAUCACAGGAUGCCACUGAAGAGGUUGAAGAUAAUGAAGAUCCAAACCCACAAGUGGAUGUGGAAGUAUUGAACAAGCAGUUUAUGGAGCGCAGUGAGGAGCUCUAUGAUUCGCUUAUGAGUUGUUCCUGGCAGCCUAUGGACAGCGUUGCAUCUGAGAUCUUCUGCUCCUGAUUGUGUGCACGUGCUAACUCCUGACCGUGAAGUGGAAAUGCCUUUUUACUCAAUUCUUAAAGCUUUACAGGAUAAAAAUCCAACGUAGUCUGUUUUAUGUGGGACUGCCUGAUACUCAUUCACGUCUGGUUUUUGGACAUUUGCUUUCUUGAACCAGUAAAUAAACAUUGUGUUUUUUUUUUGUUUUUGUGGAGGGGUUUUGCUCCUCACAUGAUGUUCUGUAGAAGCAUAGUUGGACUGCUCCAUAUUUAAAACAUUAUAAAUCAGAUUGUAAAAUUCAAAUCCCUUACAACAACUUUAAUGCUGUAAAUUAUUAGGAGCAGUGUUGGGAGAGGGACAUCAGAAAAGGAGGACAUUAGGAAUGCUUUUUCUGUUUAACUGGUGUUUGUUGAAAGCCCAAAAACACCUACUAGCCACUAGAGAGCAGACUUUCUCAACAAGACGUCAAAACUCUUAAGAUACUAAAGUUGUCAAGUUUCAGAACACCUUCACCCGUCUUUGGUUUCAUGAUAUUAAACAGUGUAGUAGAAGAAGGUUGAAUGCUGCUCUGCCUAACUGAGCUACACUAACUAAUGUAACGUUCUGAACACCCAAACCUUUUACUGUUGCCAUGUGACAUCAUGUACUUUUAAUUUUAUACCUGGAUACAAAAUAAAAGCUUGUUUUCCUUUCGGAA